AUGGUUUAAGCAAAAUUUACGCAAUUAGAAAAGAUGUGCUUUCAUAGCUGCUAAUAUUGCAUGUAUAGACUUUUAUUGCUAAAGUAAAUAACAUUCUACCUCUCUAGUAGAUUGCGAUUUAGGAGCACCAGGAAAGCCAUAUAUUUACUUGUUAGGAAAUGCUUAAAUCAGGAGUAAAAUUUACAUCUGAAGGUUUAUUUUGAUGAAUUCAAUGCUGCUAUCUUUAUAGUGGAACUACAAACUAAGUAUUUUUGUACAACAUUGAAUGAUACUAGCGAAAAUAAGUACACAUUCCUUGGAGGAAAUAAUUAUUUUAAAUUGGGCAAUUAAAUUAACAGAUAAAUACAAAAGUACUAAUGCUGCUGCUUCAAAAUGUAGGAAAUAACCAAAUUGUGUUAGAUUCAAUGCGAUAGAUGCAGACCAAUAACAACUGCUACUACAACUUCAGCAUUUAAAAAAAAAACAGGUUAUGAAAAAGUUACAAUAAUAACUGAUUCUGAAUUUGAUUCUUAUUUAAGUCGAUGUGUCACUUGUAGUAAAGGAAGUACUCCAAAUAUAAAUCCAUGCACAUCAUACAGAGGAAUUAAAUAAUUAAGUAAAUUAUUUAAAAAAUUAUUGGACUGGAUACUAAUAAGAAUACCACUUCUGAAUAAAGUUCUGAGGAUGCUGGAAAUACUGAAACUAGUAAAUGCAAAGUAAGAAGUUGUACUGAAACACUUCAGCUAUAACCGAUACUGAAUGUGCCACUUAUCAGAAAUGUUAUAUAAAUAAGAGUAUUGGAUCUAUUGGCGCAACAUAGGUCAUGCUUUGCAUUCAAGGGAGGUUAAGCAGCUUGCUCAAAAUUUAAGGGAUCUUUACUACAUCAAAUUGUGUUAAGAAGAAGUGUAGUAAUAUAUCAAGUGAACACAAAAAAGAAUGUAAUGAUGGUAAGCCACAAUUUAUAACAAUUAAUGAUCCUUUCUGUGUCUUUGGUGGAAUUUCAUGUAUUUAUUAUGGAAAACUUUGUAAUGCUUUCAAUGAAACUUAAUAGACAGGGCACUAUUUUUGUCUAAAAUGGCCCACACAAAACUAGAAAAGUUGGAACUGCCAAAGGAACAUGUGUUAAUAGAUAAUUUACAGAAACACUCAAUACUCUUACAUUUGAUACCGAUUAUCAGAAGCAUCAUAAAGAUUGUUAUACCUCUGGUUAUGGAUACAAAAGUAUUAAAUAAUUUAACUAUUUGAAAUAAUAGGCUCUAUGCAAAAUAAGAGAUGA